GUUCGUUAGGGUAUUGUUAGGUUUUAGGGUUAGGGUAUGGUUGGGCUUAGAGUAGAGUUUCCUAGGAUCAUGCCAGGCUGUCAAGGGAGGUGUUCAGGCAGAAUUUGAAUAUACAUCAGGCAGGCUUUUAAUAUAUAUAUCCCUUGACAUGAGUAAUACUGUCAAGGGAUAUGUAUUGAUUACGUUGAAUACAUUGGUAUGUUGUACUUUAUAGGUGGUCCUAAAAGAUGUGCAGCCUGUGGAGCUCCUGCACUUCCACUGCACCUGCAAGGCUGGAAAGGCAUUGUGCAACCACGGUGUUGCACUUCUGUUUCGAGCUGCGCACUAUUCGCAGUUGAAACUCCAGGUUGUCCCCCCAACGUUGAGCUGCACUGAAGGGGAACAACAGUGGCAUAAGCCUAGAGUUAUGGGGAUAAAGCCGGGCCCUGUUGACAAGAUGGCUGUGAUCUCGGCCAAACCAAAAGCCAGAAAGACCACAGAGGGAGUGCGGAGCAAACUGUACAAAGGUCUUCAUGGGGAACUUCCUGACCUCUCAGUUCUUUGGGUGUCGGAGGUAUACAAAGACUUUGCUGCUGCUGACCGCCCUAUGAUCUGCAGCAUGGGGAUAACUGCAGAUAUUCCACUAGUGGACUCGCUGUUUGGAAAGGUUCAACAUGGAAGUCCCGUGUCGUACCAGCAACCUGCCAAAGACCAGGUAAAGGCUCUCCAUGAUGCCACACCCCCUCCAUCGUUGCCACUCCAGGCCUACAGACUUGAGCCAUCAGAGUGCAUGUUUGCGUGUUCCAGAAAACAACAACUGCACAUGCAAAGUCUUCAAGUCACCGAGGAUUUGGCCCAUAAGAUCGAAUGUGGUACCCGAGAGCAGAGCUUGUGUGCCGAUUGGUACAAUGUUCGGAAACCACGGGUGACAGCAUCUCGUUUCAGAGAAGUCUGUCAUGUGGGCAAGGCCUCUGAAGAGGGACUUGCGGAACGGAUUCUUAGAGGGAUACGGCAGACCGCAGCUAUGAAGAGGGGUUUGGAGUUGGAGGCUGAUGCAGUCUGGGAGUACUGCCAGAUAAAGAGAGUCAACCACUACAAAUGUGGGUUUGUAGUACACCCAGAUGCACCUUGGAUUGGUGCCUCGCCGGAUGGGGUUGUUUUUGACCCAUUAGAACAGCCAGAGUUUGGCCUUUUAGAGAUAAAAUGUCCCAACAUUUCUAAUUACAUAGACGCACCUUAUCUCAAGGUAAUAAGUGGUUCAGUGCAGCUCAAACCAACCCAUGCCUACUAUUGGCAAGUUCAGGGCCAACUGUUGGUCACAGGUAUGAGUUGGUGCGAUUUUGUUGUCUCUGCCCAGGAUGAUGUUUUCAUCCAGAGAAUCCAGAGGGAUGAGGGCAUGAUGCUAACAAUGAAGCGUGGGAUUGACAUGUUUUUCUUCAAUGUAUACAUGGACAAAUACCUGGCAGUGGCAUGAGUUGUUGAUUUCAUUUUAGCAGAUGACUCCUUUAAAUCUUAUGUGACUAAUGAUUAAGUUAAUUGUACAUGUUCAUUUGAAUGCUUUGUUUAUUGAAGGGCAAUCUCCUUUCUCUUUAUUUAAUUCCCCCCUAUCCCUUGAUUUUUCAAUAAAUGAUAACGUAUUCAAACAUUU